CCCGGAAGUGGAAAUCUCAGCCAUUCAGGGUUUGGGUGAAGACGAAGGCGGGUUCUGGACAGACGUACGCUAUCAGGGAGUGUUUACUUCGCCUCCACUUCUGUUCCUCCCCGCCCUGGUGCUGCUCCGGGUCACAUACUCAUCCUGAGCCGGCUUCAGCCUCUCCGAGCAGAAGUCUCCCGGAGCCAUGGCCGAGUACUCUUACGUGAAGUCUACCAAGCUUGUGCUCAAGGGAACCAAGGCGAAGAGUAAGAAGAAAAAGAGCAAAAAUAAGAAGAGAAAAAGAGAAGAAGAUGAAGAAACCCAGCUUGAUAUGUUGGAGAUGAAGUCGCGCUCUGUUGCCCAGCAGGGUGGAGUGCAGUGGCACGAUCUCGGGUCACUGCAGCCUCCGCCUCCCAAGUUCAAGUGAUUCUCCUGCCUCAGCCUCCGGAGGAGCUGGAAUUACAGGCACCUGCCACCACGCUGGCUAAUUUUUUUUUUUUAAUAUUUUUAAUAGAGGCGGGGUUUCACCACAUUGGCCAAGCUGGUGUCAAACUCCUGACCUCAGGCGAUCCACCCACCUCAGCCUCCCAAAGUGCUGAGAUUACCGGCGUGAGCCGUGGUGCCCAGUGGUUCAGUGUUCUUUAGAUGUCAGUUAGAUCAACUGGUGGAGCUUGUGACUAUGCACAUCUUCUGUGUCCUUACUGAUUUUUUACUCAUCCUACAAUGUAUUGAGAGUUACGUUAAAAUCUCCAGCUGUAAUUCUAGAUCUGUCUACUUGAGCAGUUUUUGCUUAAAGUAUUUUGAAGCUGUCAUGUGUACACAUUUAGGAUUGUUAAGUCUUCCUUAUAAAUUCAGUCUUUCAUUUUCAUAACAUUUUAACCUUUAUUUCUGUUAAAUGGCUUGAUGCCUAGUUAAAUUAUUUGACCACCCUUUUGCUCCUGUCAAGCCCGAGCCUUUGUUUGUGCUUAUUUAUUAGGUUUUUGCCUGUAGACUUAGACAGUGACUCUUACUCUAGGAAAGUUUCAUCCUCAUGGGCCUCAGCCACAUGUUCUAGGUAUACUUGGUGAGUUCUCCCCACUCUGCUAUGUCCCAAAUUUGUGUGAACUCUGUCAUCUCCAGUCAGCCCUCAGAAGUGCCAGCCACUCUGCAGAGGCCUUGUGGAGCCUGCCUGCUGUAGGCACUCCACCCAUCCCUUGGCCCCAGACCUGCAGAGAACUUUUGCAUACUCUUUUGAGGCCUCACCUGUAUGUAGUUCCCUCUUCUCCAGUACCUUAUUCUAUAAACUCCAAACACGUUAGCACUGCAAGACUCUCAGCUUAGUGACAGUGACAUUGCCUCAUUUUUGGAGGUCUCAACCUCUCUCUGCAUGAUCAAGAAAUUUCCAUUGGGCAGAAAACAGAAGUGUGUGUGAGAUUUGCCUCCUGUGUUUUCCUGUUCUCAAAUAUCACAGUCCUGUUCUGCCUGUGUUCCAAUCCCUGAAAACAGUUUUCUCAAAUAUUCUAUCCAGUUUCAGUUUUCUCAUUGGUCAUGGUGGGAGGGCAAGUCCAUCUUGGCUGGAAGAGGAAGUACUUCUGCGUCUUUUUCUCUUUGUCCUUCCACCUUCUUUUGCAUUGGGGAUAUUCUAAACUUGCCAUAUAAGUAAUCAUGUGCCUAUUUGUGAAGGGAAAUAAAAAACCUUUUAAUUUUUUAAAGGUGUUCUGUUGGUUCCUCACAAAGAUCUGAAGGGACUGGUAAAUAGGAUGAAAGGAAUUCUGUCUUUCACAUGGAGAAUACCAUGUGUGACAUUAAUAAAAAUGAGCAUGUCUGUAAGCAAAGAGUUUCACUGAGCUCUGCUAGAUUCAGAAGCAAUUGAACUUACAACAUCGUAGUUUGCAAAACACAUUUGAUUUACCCAGGAACUAAAGCUAAGUCAGCUAUGGGUUAAUAGAAGGUCCGUGAAGGGUACUUAGACUACAGUAAGAUUGGGGAAGAAAAUUCCAUUUCCAAAUCUAAGAUAUAUCAUUCCUUUGUGCCAAGCACAUAAUGAAUGUAGAGGUUUAAGGGGGCCCUUAGCACAGAAGCACUGGGUUAGUCAGAAGGUGACGUGAGCUGUCACACAUCCUUGAUGCUAGAAUGAGGGUGCCCUGGUAGUAUCUUACCAGCCAUGACACUGUUGCAUCGGGCCAUUUUUUUUUUUUUUUUUUUUUUUGAGACAGGCUUUUGCUUUAUUUCUCAGGCUGGAGUACAGUGACAUGAUCAUGGCUCAGUGCAUGCCCGACCUCAUAGGCUCAAGCAAUCCUCUCUCCUUGGACUACUGAGUAGCUUGGACCACAGGCUCGUACCACCAUACCCAGCUAAUUUCUUAAUUUUUUUGUAGAGAUGGGGGUCUCCUUUUGUUGCCUGGGCUGAUUUUGAACUCCUGGGCUUAAGUGAUUCUCCUGCUUCCACCUCUCAAAGUGCUGGAUUACAGGCAUGGCAGACAUAUGGAAACAUUCUCAACUAUGUGAAAAUAUGUGAAUAUCUUAUGCGUUGUGAGACAACACAACGGGAAUAUUUCACCAUCUGCCUAAGGUUUAAAAGGAAAUAACUUUAAGCAUGUGUCUAAAUAGCAAGUAAUGUUUUAGAGCGGAUUCUCUUAAAUUCAGCUCGGGCGUCUGCAGCAUAUACACAGCUUGAGCUGUCACCUGACGUAGAGACAGGCAACUUCAGUGCCCACUGUUCUUAGGAUCCACUGCUUUUUCACAGCUAAAACCCCCGAGUGGCACUGUUAAGUAUUAUGUUAUGUUACUUUAUUCGUUAAACAUAUAAGCAUACCUCCAAAGGUCGAAUGUAGGCCACUUGCAGAAAGUAGGCAGAAUGCUCACAUUUAAUUCUUGAUGAUACCGUGUUUGGCUUUCUUAUUCUUUGAAAUCUCAUUGAGAAAAAAUACUGGCAUCUGCUCAAAGUAAUUCCUUUUUCAGUUGACAAUAUUAUAAGGAAUGUUAUUGUAUCAUUUCCCUACUUGGACAGAGUGUGAAAAUUUUGAGGAGCUUGUCUGCCAGAAAUUUCUUCUUCAUUUGCAAAACAUUAAUGAGAUAUUAUAUUUAAAUGAUUUUAUUUAAUAUUAAGUGUACUUGGUGAACGUGGCAUAGAACAUACAAAAUAAAACUAAUUUAAAAUUAUUAACUAUUACAUUGAUAAGAAAGACUUGCUAAUCAUAACACUGUUCAUAAUGAUUCUGAAUAAAGCAUUAUUUUACUGAAAACAAUUGUAGCUAUAACUCAAUCAUCUAAAUUGUCAUUAGUUUUAUUGCUUUCUAAUCGUCUUUAGCUGAAAUUUUAAUUUGGAUUAAUUUUCUUUUUCUCCAUUGGUUUUGUGUGUGUGUCGAGGUAAAAUAUACAGAAUAUCGAAUUUGCCAGUUUUUCUAUUUUUACGUGUACGCUUCAGUGGCAUUUAAAUACAUGCACCAUUUUACCUUCCCACCAGCAUUGCACAGGGUUUCAGUUUCUCCACAUCCUGCCCAACAUUUGUUUUUCUGGUUUUCUUGGUUUCUGUUUUUUGUUUGUUUUGAUAAUAGCAUUCUAAUGGGUGUGAAGUGGCAUUGCAUUAUGGUUUUGAUUUAUAUUUCCCUAGUGACUAAUGAUGUUGAGCGUCUUUUCGAGUGCUUAUUGGCCAUUUGUAUAUCAUCUUUGGAGCAGUGUUCGUGUAUAUCCUUUGUCCAGUUUUGAAUUGUGGUAUUUGUCUUUUUGGAGUUCUCGAUAUAGUCUGGAUAUUAAUUCCUUAUCAUGUAUGUAGUUUACAAAUAUUUUCUCCAUUCUCUGGGUUGCCUUUUACUCUGUUGACAGUGGUUCUUGAUGCACAAAAGUUUUUAAUUCUGAUGAAGUCCAGUUUAUCUGUGUUUUCUUUUGUUGCCUGUGCCUUUGAUGUUCUAUAUAAGAAAUCAUUGCCAAAUUCAUUGUCGUGAAGCUUUUCCCAUUUUCUUCUAAAAGUUUUCUAACUUUAGCUCUUACAUUUAGGUCUUUGGUCUAUUUUAAGUUACUUUUUGUAUUUGGUGUUAUAUAAGGGUCCAACUUCAUUUUAGCUAAAAUUUUAUGUAUUUUAAAAUUGAUUAUGAAAAGGAUGAAAUGUUUAGUUGAAUAGAAAAUUUUGUGCAGUGGAAUUAACUGAAUCCUUGAAACGUUUUUAUUAUGGAAAUAUCCAAACUAAUCCAUGCAUAGAAGAAUAUAAUGAGUCCCCGAUGUGCCCAGGCCCCAGCAUUAAUUAUCAAUAUUUUGCCAAUCUCAUUUCAUUUACAUACACACCCCCACACACAUUUUUUCCUAGAAAAUUUUAAGAAAAAUCACAGAUAUUACGUCAUUUUACCCAUAAGUAUAUAAAUAUACAUUUCUUAACGUGGUAUGUCUUUCUCUCAUCACGUGUUUUAUUCUUUACUUUUAUACAUUAUACUGUGUCAUUUUCAGACCUUGUAAAAUUAACAAGAAUUCCUUAAUAUGUCAUAUCCAGUUAAUGAUUGACUCAUUUCUACUCUAGUUAAAGCACAAUUUAGGAGGAGGUUUGAGGAUAUUUUUUAACGUUAAGAUAUAAACUUUUAUAAAAACUGCUAAAAUAAUUGUUGCUAGAGUCUAACAUUUCUAUUGGCAAAUUGGAAAUUAGUAUACAUAGACAUAGAUUCUGCUCAUUUUGCUUUCAAUCUAAAAUCACAGUUAAGAUUACUGGCUGGGCGCGGUGGUUCACACCUGUAAUACCAGCACUUUGGGAGGCAGAGGUGGGUGGAUCACGAGGUCAGGAGUUCAAGGCCAGCUGGGCCAAUGAGAUGAAACCCCGUUUCUACUAAAAAUACAAAAAAAAAUUAUUCAGGCAUGGUGGUAGGCUCUUGUAACCCUAGCUACUCGGGAAGUUGAGGCAGAGAAUUGUUUGAACCCAGGAGGCGGAGGUCACAGUGAGCCAAGAUUGUGUCACUGCACUCCAGCCUGGGUGACAGGGCAAGACUCUGUCUCAAAAAAAAAAAAAUUACUAUGCUAGAAAGUCUUCCUGUAGAGGCAUUUUUAAGAAGCAUUAUGAUAGGCAUUGCCUCUGGAAAGCAGGCAUGAAUAGAUGGCUGGGGUCUAUCAUGAGAGAGGCCGUUCUCCAUAUAUCACUUUGUACCUUCACAUGUUGCCUUUUGUUUUGGUCUGUUUUUGAGACAGGACCUUGCUCUGUCACUGAGGCUAGAGUGCAGUGGUGUGAUCAUAGCUCACUAUAACCUUGAACUCCUGGGCUCAAGUGAUCCUCUUUCACAGCUCCCCAAGUAGCUGGGAUUACAGGCAUGCACCCCCAUGCCUGGCUGUAUGUUGCUUAUUUUGUAUUUUAAAAACCUAAUCCUGACUGUGCUGGUAGUCGCAUGAAUCUGUGCACAUACAUGCAAAGAAGUACAUGUAAAACUGGUGAAAUCUGAAUAACCUUCAUGGAUUAUAUCAAUGUCAGUUUCCGAUUCUAACAAUGUAUGAUACUUAUGCAAGAUGUCAUCAUUGAGACAAAGUGAGUAAAGGGAAUCUGGUGGACAGUAACAAACUUUGGUGAAAUUUCAGGAACCAUAGCCAUUGAAAUGGAUGAGGGAAUCUAUAUACAUUCACUCGACAAUGGUCUUUUUACCCUGGGAGCUCCACACAGUGAAGUUGAUGAGGGUCCUAGUCCAACAGAGCAGUUUACGGCUGUCAAAUUAUCUGAUUCCAGAAUCGCCCUGAAAUCUGGCUAUGGAAAAUAUCUUGGUAUAAAUUCAGAUGAACUCGUUGUUGGGCGUUCAGAUGCAAUUGGACCAAGAGAACAAUGGGAACCAGUCUUUCAAAAUGGGAAAAUGACUUUGUUGGCCUCAAAUAGCUGCUUUAUUAGAUGUAAUGAAGCAGGGGACAUAGAAGCAAAAAGUAAAACAGCAGGAGAAGAAGAAAUGAUCAAGAUUAUAUACUGUGCUGAAAGAGAAAUCAAGAAAAAAGAUGACAUUCCAGAAGAAGACAAAGGAAAUGUAAAACAAUGUGAAAUCAAUUAUGUAAAGAAAUUUCAGAGCUUCCAAGACCACAAACUUAAAAUAAGUAAAGAAGACAGUAAAAUUCUUAAAAAGGCUCAGAAAGAUGGAUUUUUGCAUGAGACACUUCUGGACAGGAGAGCCAAAUUGAAAGCCGACAGAUACUGCAAAUGACUGGGAUUUUUGUUUCUGCCUUAUCUUUUUGUGUUUUUUUCUGAAUAAAAUAUUCAGAGGAAAUGCUUUUACAGA